UUCUACAAAAAGAUAUGAAUACCCCUUUUUAAUUUAUUCUUUUUGUGAGCAAAACCUUAUCUCAUUCGUUCAUUGUUUUAGAUUCUGCUCCAGCCCGAAGUUUAGAGAAAUCCUCAAGCUCCAUAACCAGCUUUCACAAUGGCAAGAAUAUGGAAUACUUCAACGAACCCCACACAACAGCCUAGAGAAAAUCUUAGAUGGAAUGAUCAUGAGAUGGAUAUUGCUUUGCUUCAUGCACUGAGUGAAGAGGCAGCACGUGGAAAUAGAUCUGAUGGACAAUGGACUACCGAAGCAUAUGCAAAUGUGGUUGAGUCAUUGAGGUCAUUAACUGGUCCACACAUAACAAAGGAUAAUGUAAAAAAUCGGAUGAAGUCACUGAAAGAUCGUUGGAAAAAUGCUUUUGACAUGUUCAAUGGGUUGAGUGGAUUUGCUUGGAAUCCCAUAACUAGAAAAUUUGACGCUAAGGAACAAGUUUGGGAAGAGUUAAUCAAAGCUAAUUCUAAUGCUGCUAAGUUUAAGGAUGCCCAAACACUAUGACAUGAUGAAAGAGCUAUUUGGUGCUGACAGGGCAACUGGGAAACAUGCCAUGACUGCAAGGGAGAAGAUGAAGCAAUUGGAAAAGGAGAAGGACUGUGCUAACCUUAAUGAUAAUUCUGAUGAUUUAGGCAUGAAUGAGGCAAAUUUUAGUAUGUUUGAUGAGAUCCUCAUUCAAUCGCCAAAUGUGGAGUCCUUCAGCCCUUCUGAUGUUCCAUCACAUCAAUCAACUGGGACUUCGGGGUCUAGGGGAACAAAACGCAAAGCUAGUAUUGCGGAGGUUAUGGAGACCCAAUAUGAAAGAGUCUCUAUAGGCAUCAAUGCUUUGUCUGAGGCAGUUAAGGAUGGGAAUCAACUGUCUAGUAAGCUACAUGAAGUGGCUGAGAGACAAGUGGUUGUAGCUGAGAGGCAUGUGGCUAUUGCUGAGAAGCAAGCUAUUUUUGUUCAGAAGCAACUUGAAAUAGCAGAAAAAGGCUUAACUAUUAUGCAGCAAAGCAAGCCACGCCUCUAUACUGAAAGUGAUGUUUGGGAGUUGCUGACAUUAUUAGGUGUAAAUAGUGGAUAUAAGAGAAAGUGUUACCGUUUUCUGUGUUCAAAUGAACAAAAAGAUCGAGAACUAUUUGGGGUUCCUCCUGAUGUGCAAGUUGUGACUUUGCUAGAAAUGAUGCAAAGAAGAGGGAAUCAUGUGAAGAGGGCUUUGGGAUGAAUAGUAGUAGCAUUUUUUGGCAGGGCUAUAUGUAUCUUUUUUGGAACCCUUAUAACCAAUGGUAUGCUUAUAUGUAUUUUGAAGAACUGGCUAUGCAUAUGAUAUAUGUAUAACACUGUCUUGUAUUUUGAGGGGUAGCUGUAAAGUGACUAAAGUCUCUUUCAACUAGGAUGUGUGUAUAUGUAUUUUCAAGAACUGGCCACUAUAUGUAGGUAUUUCAAAAUAUGUAUGGAUUAUGUCUGUAUUUUAUAAUUUAUCCUAUUUAGUUACUAUUUUAUGCAAAA